GUAAUGUGGUCCACACAUAUAAUUUCCUGAUUACAUGUAUCAGACUUAGUUUAAAGGACAUUGAAAAAAUCGAUUCCAACUCUGAUAAAAGAAGUACAGGAAAUAACUCGCCAUGCCAGUAAAGAAGAAAGAUUUGUAUGUUGCCAAAUCAUUGAAGGCUCUUAAUGAUUUAGCUGCCCUGCCAGCCAAAAUGACAACCAAUCCAAAAAUACUGAUAAAUUCCGCUCACAAGAUUCACAAGGAGGCGGAGUUAAAUGAGUCGAUAGGAGAUGAUGAGAAGGCCUACAUCCUGCACAUUAAGUACAUCAAUGUCAUUACGCUGGUCCGAAAACUACCCGACUACAAAAAACAAAAGGAUUACUAUGAUAGCUUGAUUGGACAGAAGAAUUUUGUGAAGUCCAUUGUCAAAGGGGAGGAGUUAUCUGCGAGCCUGAAAGACAGGUAUGAGUUGGCCGAAACAGAAGAGGUGGCCAGUAAGUUAUCUCCCCUGGAGGAUAAAAGUGCACCCAAAGAGGAGCCAGUCAAAACCCCAGAGACCGAGAAACAGUCCGAGGAGAAGAAGACAGACGGUCCAGUGUGGUUGCUGGUAGUUUUUCUGGAAGAAGAUGUGCUGAGUCCUCCGAUACUUCUGGGAGAGGUACAGGACUUGAUUGGUCGUAAUGGAGUGGAAGCUGAUCUCCAGGAAGGAAAUAGGUGUUUGGUCAGAGAUGAUGUUGGAGACCAAAUGCAUGCGGCUGUAGUUUACAAACGAUCAGAAAAUCCAGAAGAACUGAUAAAGGAAUAUGAAAGAAUCGAGAUGACGAAACAGAAACCUAAGGAAGAAAGACAGUUACCACACAAAUCGCAGGGACUACUGACUAGAACUAGAAAUAAUCUGGAUGACAACCAGACCUCCAGAAAUCCUUCUUUCGCAGAGUCCAGGAAAACCGCCGAUUUAUUAGCGAACAUUUACCAAUACAACAAUAUUCCAACAUCACAAAAAGAAAGUUGCUCUUCCCUGGACUCUACAGAUCAAAAUCAAGAUGAAGAGUACUUGAGUGCUGUUAUCCAACACAUUAGCUUGAAUGCAGAUGAAGCUGAGCAAUUAUAUCGUCAGAACCAGCAACUCAAGGAAGAAAAGCAGUGUAAGAUCUGCUUGGACAGUGAGAUGGACACUUUGUUUGAGCCAUGUGGUCACCUGUGUACCUGUGGAUCCUGUGCAAGCAUGCUACAAAUGUGUCCCAUCUGUAGAAAACACAUCAAAAAAUUACACAGAGUUUACAGGUCUUAGAUACUUUGCAGUGGGUUUACGAUCCACUCCUCUAGAGGAGAGGAGCGAAUCGUAAACCCCUUGGCUAGCGAAGAUGUUAUCAUCACCUGCAGUUGGCCGCUUGGAAAUUUCCUUAUAUUCAUGACAUGUAUAUAGAAAUUCCUUUCAAUGCCAUGGAACUAAUUAUUCUUGAAUUUCUAACUUUCAUUUUUUGUUUCAGAUUUUUUAUGUUUUUAUUUGUUUUGCCAGUAUGUUUUAUAAUGGCUUAUGUAUAUGUACAUGUUAUUUGCAUAUAUCAUAUUCAUUUGUAUAUAGAAUUGCCAUCAAAGAUUUAUUUAUUAUUUUGUUAUGCAAUUGCAAGAGGAAAAAAGGGAUUUGAAGGUUGUUAUUUGCUUAAUAAACAUAUGCAAAAAGUGA